AUCCGGUGUUUAUUACGUCGGAGACGCCAACAUGGCGAGUAGGAGAGGUAAUGCGAAAACCGAAAAGCAGUCUGACAAAUACUCUGUUCUGCUGCCGACUUACAAUGAAAGAGAAAACCUCCCAUUGAUUGUGUGGUUGCUGGUGAAGUACUUUGGCGAGAGUAAAUACGACUACGAGAUCAUAGUGAUUGACGAUGGCAGCCCGGACGGAACGCUUCAGAUCGCCGAGCAGCUGCAGAAGAUCUACGGCGCGGACAGGAUUCUCCUGAGGCCGCGAGCACAAAAACUGGGAUUAGGAACGGCUUACAUCCACGGCAUUAAACACGCGUCCGGAAACUUCGUUAUCAUUAUGGACGCUGAUCUCUCGCAUCAUCCAAAGUUUAUUGCACAGUUCAUUGAGAAACAGAAAGAGGGUGGAUACGACCUGGUGUCUGGAACGAGGUACAGAGGAGACGGUGGCGUUUAUGGAUGGGAUCUGCGUCGGAAACUGAUCAGUCGAGGGGCAAACUUUAUAACACAAGUGCUGCUCAGACCGGGAGCGUCUGAUCUCACGGGGAGUUUUAGGCUCUAUAAGAAAGACGUUCUUGAGAAGUUAGUAGAGCAGUGUGUGUCUAAAGGCUAUGUGUUCCAGAUGGAGAUGAUUGUCCGUGCCAGACAGCUGGGCUAUACUGUAGGAGAGGUUCCCAUCUCAUUCGUGGAUCGUGUUUAUGGAGAGUCCAAAUUGGGUGGAAAUGAAAUAGUCUCCUUCCUGAAAGGAUUGCUCACUCUUUUUGCGACCACAUGACCUUUGACGUGGUUAGGUUGUGUGUAGUUUUGUGAUAUGUUUAGGGCUUCUGCAGUCAAUUCAUGAUUUCCAAGUAACGGGUUCAUUACGAUGAGUUAUUUCUCUCAUAUCGGGUUACAGUAGUGUUUGGUUUUCUUGGAAUUACCCCUUUCCAUCUUCCCUUUAUGUUACUAGUCUACAUGUUAAAAUGUAUAAGUGUAAAAAAAAAAUUUUAAUAAAAAGGACCAAAUUUA